AUGAAUAUACAGCUUGAGAAGAUGAGGCAAAAACAAGAAUGUGAAAGGAGGAAAAGAAUAGCUGAAGAGAAGCACAAGGAGUGGGUCCAAAAAAAAAGAGAAGAGGAAAGAAGGGAAAGGGAACGGAAGCUGAGCAAAGAAAUGGCAGAAAAAACCACAAGGGAACUAGAAAAAAUGCAGUUACGAGAAAAGGCUGAAGUAAAGUAUAAAGAAUGGUUAAAGAAGAAGAGAGCUGAAGAGGUAGAAAAGAAGAAGAAAGAGAAGGAAAAAGAAAAAGAAAGGGAAGCCGAGCUACAGGAGAAGAAAGCAAGAUCAGAGAAGGUCUUUAAGGAAUGGCUACAUAAUGCUAGAAAUAAACCACGCCCUGUUUUGAAUGGUUAUGGCUUCCCGUGUGGGAAUUCUACAGGUUUGUACUUCUACUACACAUGUGUAGUCACUUAG